CAUAGAGGAAUCGAAAAUAACCAUAGAUAAAAGAAUGAGAACCUGGUUUAGUCACCAUUACAAUUCACAGUAGCAGCAGUGAAAGUAAUCCGGUUCAAUCAGUGAGUAAAAUCUGACUCGGUUAGGAUUGGGCUUACAAGAGAUUUACAUUAAUAAGCAUGUAUGAGUUGUGAUAAGGUGUUGUGUUCAAAAAGAAAAAAAAGAGAGUUAUGAUAAGGUGUUUGUUCUCCACGUUUCAAUGUAAUUUAAACAUUUAGUUUACAAUAUCCAAAAUUUAACCAAGAUAAUCUAUAUUGCUGCAAGUUUGCAAGUGUUCUUCUUACCACUUUUAUGCUGUAGAAAUAUGUAUUUUUAAAUAUGGAUAACACAACAAAAUAUUAUCUGUUCAUUGUGAUUGGUCAGUUACUACUUUAUUAUCAAGAAUCAAUAUAGCAUAAUCCACCGAAUAAAUAGUUGACAAACAAAAGAGAAUAAAUAUAGUAAAUUGAAACUAUUAUUCGCCUAAGUAUAUCCAUCUGAUUUUCGAAAUUUAUAUUAUCCCAAACGGUUACUUACUUUACAAAAAUGAACUAAUCUAAAGAGCCAACUAACAAAAAGGUGAUUUAUUUAUGACAAAAUAUAAUUUUCCAGUAAAACAAGAGGAAGGUGGGCAAAUAAUAAUGCUUUGACGUCCACAUUAAAAUUAGGAUCCGCGGGGCCCAGGAAAUCUAAAGGAGGGCCCAUUAAUAUUUGUUAGAACAUUUCUUUAUUAAGGCAUUGGACUUUUCCUCUUUUUCUCCAAACAUAAUUUGCUGUUUCACUCUUUAGACACCACAGCGUAUCAAAUCUUGGAGAUUGCUUUUACUUUGUCUUUCCCCACUAAAAAUAAAUAAAAUAUUUAUAAAUUUAUUGUUUUCCUUUCUCACAAAAAAAUAUCAAAAUAUUUAUUGUCAACUAAACUUGUUAAAAUGUUUGGUUCAAAUAGAUUUUAUCUUGUUAUAGAAAUAUUAUUACUUUGUAAGAAUUAUAUGACAUGGGUUCCUGACCAAAAAUAUAUUUAUGACAUGGGUUUACAUUAACUAUAUUGUCACCGCAAAAGCAUAGAACCAGGUAGAAAGAAAAAUGCACAGUGACGUGUGAAAUCAGAUUUUACAAUGGAUUGGAUAUAUCCAAUCUUUUUAAAACUGCGAAAUUUAAGAUUGAUUUGUGAAAUGAUUUUUCAAACGAUAUGGGCCAACGAAUGAUGGAUCAAAUCUUCAUGAUGUCAACUACAAAUCCAGGAUUGAACAAAUAAAAUUCAUAAUAGUAGUGAAGGACGUGUCGCACAUAAAAUCAAAGUUUAUACUCCUAUUUGUUUAUAGGAACUUUGAACAUCAAAUGAAGACAUUGACAUUUCCCCUUUAAUAAAUUUUAUUUAGGUGCUUGAAUACGUUUUGGAGCAUCUUUUAAUUCUAAAUACUAUUAUUGUAUGUGUGUAUUUUCAGUCUUCUGUAAGACCAUGCUAGAAUAUAAUCAUUAGUAUUUCUAGCAAUAAAAGUAACUAAAUAGUUGACUAACUAUAUAAUAUCCAAUGUCGCAUUCAAAUUCUAAAACAAUAAAGCAUGCUAAAAUGCACUUAACCUAAUAAAACGAUAUAGAUUAGUAUACAUUAAUUUCCAAAACAAUAUAAAACUGAAUUUGGUAUGCAUUCUCAAUUAGCCAAAAUCAUAUGAAUUGUCAUCGUGUAAAUGCAAACACAUAAAUUGUGUCUAAAACAACCAAGCCUCAGCCAAUUUCCAACCCAAACACUACAACAAAAGCAUGCUAAAAUAGAAUUUUAGUAUGGUUUUGACACAAAAAUCUUCUUUAACUCAAUACCAAUUUAUAAUAACACUAUAGUUUUACAUUAAAUUUAGUGUAAAAUUAUAGUGUUGUUAUAAAUAAACACUAUAAUUUUAUUAUUUACUCCAUUAAAACACUAUUUAUUUAUUUUAUUACUAAAAUAAACAAAAAUAAAUAACAAAUAAAAAUAUAAAUAUAUAUAAUAUUAUAAAAUAUCUUUGUUUGGUGUUGUCCUAAGAAAAAGCUUUAUUUAUAGUGUUUAAAAUUACACUAAAAUAAUGUGAUUUAACACUAAAAUAAUGUUAUAUACAUCAGAGAUGCUCUCGGUAAACCGACAAACAAUUAGUGUACCAGAUUUUCAUGUAACAAUGUCAUUGUCUAGGGAUUAUAAAACGUAGCACUCUGCUAGUACCAACUCAUCAAUCAUCAUUCGUUCGCACCGGUGUCGAUCGUCUCUCAAGUCUCAAUCGUGAAGCAUGGACAGAGAAAGCAUACAAUCCAAAAUUCUCGAGAAAGUAAAUAAGAGAGCACGAGACAAAAGAGAUAAAAAAACAUCAUAACUAAAAGUUACUUAAAAGUUCAUCAUGGGCCUUAAACCUUUUCGGGUCUCUCCCCAAUUGUUGUAUUCGUUUAUGGAGCAUGAACAUUUUUCAGUCACAUCAAAUAUUAAAUGAACUUAAGAAAAUCCAUAACGGUCUGGAACUGGAAAGGUUGGCAGAUCGGAGUAAUAUUAACUUUUAUAUAAGCCUGAAGCUGAAGAUACAAGGCCCAAUGCUAACUAUAAGAAAUUAAGGUUCCUAGACCUACGAAACCAGGCAUUGGUUGUUAAACAUCUCUAUCCCACAGCAUUAUCUGUGAAGUGAAUAAAAAUUAUGAUAGUAUCUUGCAUGUUUAUGACAUGGUUAGCUUGCAAUAACAAUUAUUUACGUGUAUGAUUUAGGAAAUUCCAAUAAUAUUAUCCUUGUUAGGGCUGUCGUGUUUCUUGUGUAUUUAAAAAAAAAAAUCAGAAACGAGGACAUUAGUUGUUAUGCAGGCAAGUAACGCUGUGAUUUUGUAAGUAUUAAUCGUUUCUUUGAAGGGCCCUUCUUUGAACUGAGUCAGUAUUAAUAUCUUGAAGUUAAGAAAUUAUGACUUCUACAUUUAUAUAUAUAUAUAUAUAUAUGUAUCAUUGUUUGUUUUCUUAUUUAUUCAUCCAUUAGCUAUAUGGUGUAGUUAUAAAUUUUGGUCUUAGCAUUGGUGGUCUUCUUUUCCUUUCCCAUAAAUAUAUUGAAUAAGAUAUAAGGUUGAAGUGCUUGUUGGAAUCGUCUAGAAGAGAAGCAAGGAUUUGAUUAAUCGUAGAGGCAAGCUGCAUGGACCACAUUGGAUACUCUAAUCAUAUAUCUUAUUCGACCUAAUUGAAAAUGUUUUAAACUAAUUCAACUUACAUCAUUAUAUCAAUUUUUCUUUAAUAUCAUGUGCUAGUUUUCGUUUUUAUUGGUUCUAGCUUCAUUUUUUUACUAAGGUUUUAGCUCAUUUAAACCUAACUAAGUAUAAUGAAAUUUUCAUUAGAUCUAUUUGGCAAUUUUUAUAGUAGAUCUGUAUUUGAUAUAACAGACGCUGUGUUAAGGCUAGUAUAUCAUAUCAUAUAUGAAUAGAGUGUCCUCUUGCCAAUAAGUUUUAUAUGCUAUAAUUUUAAUAGAAAUUAACAAUUUGAGUAAAUUUGUUUUCUUAAAGAAGUUAUGUUUGUUCUUGAAUUACAUGCUAAACAUGGAAUGUUAUAUGGUUGUAUUCACAUUGUCAACAACUACAUUAUUAUCGAGAUGCAUGAGAAAAAUAUCUCAACUUCAGCUAUAUUGAACGAGUUAGCAGCACUCUAAAUGGUUUAACGCAAAUUUUGUGAUACUUGGCACGCCCUUAUUAGUAUUAGCUUUCCUAAAUUAUCAACAUACAAAUACUGGAGUUAGACUUUUAUUGGUUAACACUAGAGUUAACCCUUACAUUAACAUGGUAGUAGUAUGCAAGUUUUACGGGUAAAGUAAACUAACUACCUUUUCAGACAUGGUUGUUGUAUUGAUGUUACAUUGCUGGAUGGGAAUGCAAAUAAAUAUAACAAUAGUUGAUAUAUAUCAUAUGAAGAUAUAUAAAAUAUUACGGAAACCAACCCACCCACCUAGUAGCCACCGUAAAGAAACUUUCGAAAAAAGAAAAAAAAAACACAUAAUGGGCUAAAAUUAUUCCACAUCUUAUUGGAUAAAUAUAAGAUUAUUGUUGACAGCAUACUUGUUUGGAAUUCUUCUUUAUCUAGUAUAGUACUAAAACUAAAAUAAAAUAAGGGACCUGAGAGAGAGGAAAGAGCUUUAAAUUGCAUGCGACACCAAUUGGUGGCAAGAAAGUCUUCCAAUCAGGGAUCUUAGGUUGUACGAGUGGCAUUAUUACAACACCUAAUAAAGAUUAAUUAUUAUUAUUUCAAUUAAUUGUCUUGAUCUAUCUUUUAAGUUACAUAGAAGUGGGGUCUUAAUGGAACAACUGUCCAAGCCAAAUGCCAUUUCAUUAUAAUUAUUUUAUUAAAAUAAGAUUAUCCUAUGACUUGAUUCACCUGAAAUAGAAUAAUCUAUACUCUUUCUCUAAUAUGUUAUAUAUUUCUGUCUAAAAUAAUGUCUUCUCAUGCUUUAUGAAGAUUUGCCCAAGAUCUUGUUUUGAAGAUUAGCCUUAAGAAUAUAUUUUUUAUUUGUUGUAUAGUAUAGAUGCUUGCAUCAUUGCCCACUUCUUGUAUUCCUUCAAUUGGCAACUAACAAUUUCCCUCAUUAAUUUAAUCAUUUAAUUAGCAUUUAUUAAACAUGGUCAAUAUAGGCCUUUUAUUUAUUUUCUCACGGUGACUAGACAAAUGAGAUUUGGUUUAUGUGGAAGACAUUGCGAUGAGCUAUAAAGAAGCUUCAAUCCAUGUUCCAUGAUCAGUUCUCUAAUUCUCCAUGCCAGCAAUUUUAGUUGAUGGGAAACUUUAAAACAUAUAAUAAACAUAUAUGACAAAUGGUCCGAAUGGCAAUAUGCGGAACAACUAUAUUGCGGUCAUGAUAAUAACAAAAACAUAUAGAUAUAUAGAUAUAUGCAUAUGUAAAUUUUUUUGUUAUUAUUAAGUGUGGUAUAGUCCGGAGCGGUUGGAAACAGUCGAAGCCAAAAAAUAAUUUAAAUCUAUAGAUUAAUUAGUUUUUUUUAGAUGAGAACACUGGACGACAUCUCAUUUGUUUUGUAUAAGAAAGAACCAUUUGGUUGUUAAAAAAAAAAAAAGGAACCAUUUAAUACAAAAAAAUAAAUAAAUGAUGCUGGAUGUAAAAUAUAAUGGUUAUUGCGUGCCAUUGGGAUAGUUAAACUUUUAACAUUAUUUUUGGAAUCAAAGUAUUAUCCUUCCGGUUGAUUAUUUUGGGUUAUGUUGAUUAGCUUUAUUUCUUCAUAUCUUUCUUUGACUUGUGGUUUUAUUUCUAAUAUGAUAUUAACAUCUUAAUCUUCUCUUUAAGCUUAGAAUAUAACUUUUGUAUUGAUUGUCACAAGUGGUGUGAUCAUAGCUGCAUAUCCCUUUUCAUAUACAAUUUUAAAUUAUGCAUAUCUCAACUUAAUCAAACUAUUUUAUACACGCACAAACAACUAUUUUAUACACGCACUAAACAUAGUAUUUUUCCCACAAUAUUUUAAAGUCACGGGUUGUAAAAAUUAAGCAAAUGUGUAUAAUGUAAUAUGCAUAAGACAAAGAUGAAACAAGUUGACAAGUUAAGUCUUUAUAAAUAUGUUUCUAUCUCGUUUGAAUAUACAUAGGCGCGUGGUAUCCACAUAUUUGUAUAAAAAGUAUCCCGUGUUUAGUGUAAUAUUUGUAUUAACUAUUAAGUACAUAUAUAAAGUACCUAUCGAGUUUAUUUUCCAAGAUCAUUUCUCGUCACACUUUAGAUUCAAACAAAUACUAUAUUAUAAAACCCUAAACAGUAUAAGUCGAUGCUGUUCAUGACUAAUAUAAAAACCCUUCCAGUAAUAUAUUAUAGCACAGAUGCAAUGCAUCAUUAAUUACAAAUUAUUAAACUAAACACCCUCCGUCUCUCGACCUUUGCUAUAUAAAGAAGAUCAUUUACGUACAUAUCCUAAAGCUAAUUGAACCAACCAGAAUACAUAUACACAUAUAUCUCCGACAAUGUCUCGCACAGGCGAAAGCUCCUCAGGCUCGUCCUCCGACAGGACCAUUAAACUGUUCGGCUUCGAACUCAUCAGCGGUGGUCGUUCCCCUGAAGUCACAACGGCCGAUAGUGUAAGCUCUUCAACGAAAAACACGACGUCGUUUAUAGCUAAAAGACUCGAGUGCCAAUACUGUGGCAAAGAGUUUGCAAAUUCUCAAGCCUUGGGUGGUCACCAAAACGCUCACAAGAAGGAGAGGUUGAAGAAGAAGAGGCUUCAGCUUCAAGCUCGACGAGCCAGCAUCGGCUAUUACCUCACCAGCCAUCACCAACCGAUAACGACGUCGUUUCAGAGACCAUACAAGACGCCGUCAUAUUGCGCCUUCUCUUCCAUGCACGUGAAUAAUCAGAUGGGUUUGUUCAACGAUGAGUGGUCUCCGAUUUCGUCGCAGAUUAGCUUUGGUAAUAAGGACAUGUCUCAAGAUAUUAUUGAACAAAAUGGUGAGAUGGGUAAGGUGUACCCGGGUGUGAGGCAAAACAUGAUUCAGUUUCAGAGAGAUCUGACUUCUCCUUCUGGUCCGAAGAGAAGCAUUAAGUCGCUGGAUCUUCAUCUGGGGAUUGCUGGAGAUACGGUAUAACAUAGUGAGAGACAUGAUUUAAAAUGUAUACUAGUGAUGUAUUUUAUUGCUGAAGAAAACGAGACAUAGUAUUUCUUGAUGAAACUUGAUCUGUAUUUGUUUAGGUUUAUCUAUGUUUUUUUUUAUUCAUUUCAUGUGAGGUUAUAUAACUAUAUUUUUUUUUAUUAAAACAACCUGAAAUAGAUUACAGUAUAAAA